AUGUCUCUGUGUUCUUCAACCCGUGCGCGCACCUCCGAAAUCGACAACCUACGUACAUUCCUCACCACACUCGUUGUCUUUCACCAUGCUGCGCUUGCAUACGGCGGCACUGGGUCAUUUGGGUAUCGGUCGCCUUAUCAUUCACCAGGGAAGCGAAACAGAUUGACUUUUGUCUUAGAAAAGCUGAAGCGCCUAGGUGUGCCGACGCUGAUAUACAGUCUCUUCGGAAAAGGCAUCAUAAGAGCGAUUGUGGCGUAUCGGGUCAAUGGUACUGGAUGGGAUGGUGUCAAGAAAGAGAUUCUAGCUGGUGUGAAGGGUACAAGAGGAGCAGGAGGGCCGACUUGGUUUACAGCACUACUGCUGGUCUUUGAUGUGCUAUACACGAUUGGCAUGCCGAAGCACUGCGUUUCGGUUCCAGUGAAAGAACAACAACCGCUCAUAGCACGUGCACAGGAUACACAAGCUACCCCAAAACACCAAUAUGGGCCGAUACGAGCUUCCCACGUUUUUCUCGGUCUGAGUCUGGCAGGCAUGUCUUCGUUCCUGGUCAGGCUACGCUACCCAUUUGGCCACAUUUUCGUCCCAUUGAGUUUGAACCUCGGGUAUCUGCCACAAUAUAUUUUGUAUUACUGCACUGGGAUCUACAUUCAGCGGCGCGGCAUACCGCUUAGUAAGCCAGCUAAGUCACGCGCCAUUACUGCUGUAGGAUUCAUUGCGCUCGGUCUGUCCGUCCUCGGCAUCAUCCAAAGCAACGGUCUCAUCAAUCAAGGUGGCAAACUCGCCGAAAUGGUCAAGUUCGCAGGUGGUGGACCCAACAUAUUCGCCUUCCUCUACGCUUUCCAGAAUGAAUACAUUGGCUUCCUGUUCAUUUCGCUGCUGCUUCACAUCUUCCAUCGUUACUCCUUCUUCACGACUCAGUGGACCAUGUUUGGCAUCGACAUUGCGAGCGCUAGCUAUGCGACGUUUCUGGUCCAUAUACCAGUGCUCGUGGAGACAAUGACAGAAUUUGAUGAGGAUGCUUGGAGGGGUUGGAGUCCGGUGGUUAAGGCGGUUGUUGUGAGUGGGGUGGCGGUAGUGAAGAGUUGGCUGCUUGGUUUGGGGAUGAAGUGGGUGCUCGAGAGGGCAGGGUGGAAGGGGUAUUUGUGA